AUGUCUUGCAAAGGAGAGAUUGUUGUGGGUGUGGAGGAAGGAUUGUUUCUCUUACCUUCAAAUCUCUUCAACGAGAUCUUUCUUGAUCGCAUCGUUCCAUUUCAACAGAGUUAUAGAGGAGGUAGCUACUAUGAUCGGAAGCCAAGAACAUGGUACGCGUUGAACCAUUGCGGUUCCAUGGAGAAGGCAAGUGAUGUAGGUGCAGAGCGAAAGCCACGGGGCACUGGAGUCUUUCUUCCUCAGAGACCGGCAAGUAGCACACAAGAGAAGAGUCCCAAGAAGAAACAAUGCACCAUCAUCUCUUCUCAUUCCAAACAAAUAUUUCUUCCCAAGGAAUGGGCUUAUUAG